GCUUGGGGAAAGAAACAGCGAAGGGAGAAAGAAACGAGCGUGACCAACAACUACUAACGUUUUGUUUCUCCAUAUCGGCGCAAAGAAAGACGCAUGCAUUUUUCAUUUUCCAUCUUUACCCUUUUCCCUCUCGCUAGUUCUUUCAACUGCGGCUGCUCCAUUCCCUCUGCUUCUUCUCCGUCUCACCGCUUCUCCACCAUUCCGUUUCAGAGCUCAUCACCGUUUUAGGUAAGUGAUAAGAGUUUAACAUUGUAACUUCAACGGACGAGUUCAAAUUCCCUCGGAGGCGUUUCUAAAAUGUGGUGAUGUUGUUGGACGAGAGCAAGUUCGACGUGCACUUGAAAUUGUGGGCUCUUCGAAUACCCUGCCAACAUUGCAGGGUUGCCACACGAAUCCUCAACGGUUAUGUGCUUGACAAGCCCCGAGUUAAACCCAUCACUGAGGACCCAACUUGUAACAAAAACCGUUACCUUAUACUCUCUGAGAAAAUUAAGAAUCAAGAUUUAUCCGAUAUUCCAAAGCAAAAGCUUGAUGAGCUAAAGGAAUUGUGUGAGAUUGAAGUUUUGCCCUAUUCGUUGACACUAGGUUAUUCAUACUGGAAUGCAGAUCAAGUGCUGAAGCAGAUACUGCCUAAUGGAGUGGAAGUGCCUUCAUCUUUUGAAACAAUAGGUCAAAUUGCCCACUUGAACCUACAUGAUGAAUUGCUUCCCUUCAAAGAUGUUAUUGCGAAGGUUAUUUAUGAUAAAAACUACCCAAGAAUCAAAACUGUUGUUAAUAAAGUUGGAAGCAUUACGAAUGAAUUUCGUGUUCCAGAAUUUGAAGUUUUAGCAGGAGAGCAUGAUAUGAUUACAGAAGUGAAGCAAUAUGGUGCCACUUUUAGGCUUGAUUACAGUUUGGUUUAUUGGAAUUCCAGAUUGGAACAUGAACACAAAAGGUUAGUUUCAAUGUUCCAAGCUGGAGAAAUCAUUUGCGACAUGUUUGCUGGUAUAGGUCCUUUUGCCAUUCCUGCAGCACAGAAAGGAUGCUUAGUCUGUGCAAAUGAUUUAAAUCCAGAUAGCAUUCACUAUCUGAGGAUUAAUGCCAAAAUCAACAAGGUUGAUGAUCGAAUUUGUUCAUACAACAUGGAUGCUAGAAAGUUCAUAUCCCAGCUGAUGGAAGUGCCAAAUUCUGAGAAUAAAAUAGGAAAUGAUGUUCCCAUUUCUGAUACUUGUUACACAUGCAAGAUACAAGACAAUACUGAAUCAAAUGCAGAAAAGGAGUUGCUAACUGUUGAUACAAAAAACCUAGGAGACUGCACUAACACUAGUUCAGAGGAUAUACAAGGUUCAGCUGGGCAUGCUGCUAAAUCUGCAAUUGCUGUUAAAAGAUCUUGUGGUAGUCCUCAUGAAGUGAAUGGAAAGGCUGAAAGUAAAACCUACAAUUAUUUUUGUUUGACAGUGAAUGGAAAGGCUGAUGGCACUGACAUCCCAGAAGGUGCUGCUGGCAAAAAAGGAAGCGCAAACAAGAGAAGGAGAGGGUUUGAAAUCUCUGUCCCAAAAACAUGGGAACAUAUUGACCACGUCAUAAUGAAUCUACCAGCAUCUGCUGUUCAGUUUCUAGAUGCAUUUAGGGGAUUGAUCCAGAGGAAAUAUUGGAAAGGACAUCUACCAUGGAUCCACUGCUAUUGCUUCAUCAGGGCAACUGAAACUCCUGAAACUAUAAUAGCUGUGGCAGAAUCUGCUUUAAAUGCUCCUAUACUAGAUUCGAGAUUUCAUAGGGUUAGGGAUGUAGCUCCAAACAAGGCAAUGUUUUGUUUAAGCUUCAGGUUGCCAGAAGCAUGCUUUCGUGACGAUAGUCAAUAAUACUGUCUUUCGUGAUGCUGCUGACGAUAAAUUAUCCUCUUUUUCGUUAUCCAACCUUCAUUUUCAGGGUUUGAUAAUACAAGGCCAUGCCUGUUCUUGGAUGAUUUUAUGACAUGUUCUGCCUGACUCAGACAUGAAAAUUUACCAAACUCUUUGAAGCUCUUGACAGGUCUUCAUUGUUCUUCUUCAGAUGUAAUCACAUACUUAGGUCAACUAAAAAUAGUUAUGUAUGUUCUUUCGGAUCUGAACUUUUUCUUUUGGUUAAAUUUAGUUUCCCUGUUAUAGAUAAAUUUAUUAAAUACAACUAAUAAUACUUCCUCUAUCUCACAA